AUAGACAACCCAUGCCACUAGAGGGAGUACCAAGUACCACCAGGGGUAUGCAUGCCGCAAUUUGGGAACCACUGCUUUUGCAAGAGUGGGAGUUGAGCUCCAGUCCAGGUCCAGGUCCAGGUCCAGGUCCUCAGCUGUGGGGUGUACACAGUGUGUGAUGUAACAGGAAGGAGUGGGUUGAUUCCCAACGUCAACCUGACAGCAGCGAGCGGCAGAGUCAGUCGACGCCGGGGAGCUGGAGUGUGAGCUGCUCAGUGCCGAGGACAGGACAGGACACACCGCGGAUCAGGCUCCUGCCGGACAGUUGGUUUCCAGCCCACAGCCCGGCGCUGUUGAACGGACAUCUCCGUGAAGCUUCAUCUUCACUGACACCGACACUGACACUGACAUGGCCACAAGGGGGAUGGACAGCUUCGCUCGGAGUUGGAUGGUGGCACUGAUACUGCUCUGUAAUCUUACAAAGGCCAGUAUGGAGGUCAACGAAACCCAGCAACAACCUCCGACCAACGUCUACCAUGACCUGCUUUUCACCAGGAACAAGAUCGUGACUGCGCAGUUUGAGUGCUAUCAAAAGAUAAUGCAGGACGGUGUUUACGAAAGGCAAGAGCCCAUGUGCAAUCGUACCUGGGACGGCUGGCUGUGCUGGGACGACACUAGAGCCGGCGUGGCCUCAGAGCAGCACUGUCCAGACUACUUCCAGGACUUCGAUCCUUCAGAGAUCGUCAUAAAGAUCUGCACUGACAGUGGACAGUGGUUCCUGCAUCCAGUCAGCAAUCGCACCUGGACCAACUACACCCGCUGCAACGCACACACCAGCGAAGUCCGAGUGACGGCAAUGAAUCUCCUCUACUUGGCCCUGAUUGGACAUGGACUUUCUCUCACAUCCCUCUUCAUUUCCCUGGGAAUCUUCUUCCAUUUCAAGAGUUUAAGUUGCCAACGGAUCACGCUCCACAAAAACCUCUUCUUCUCCUUCGUUCUGAACUCAGUGAUCACCAUCAUCCUGCUGACGGCAGUGGCCAACAACUCUGAGAUGGUGCAGAGGAAUCCAACCAGCUGUAAGGUCUCCCAGUUCAUCCACCUCUACCUGUUUGGCUGUAACUACUUCUGGAUGCUGUGUGAGGGAAUCUACCUCCACACUCUGAUCGUGGUGGCGGUGUUUGCUGAGAAACAGCACCUCAUGUGGUACUACCUUCUCGGCUGGGGGUUUCCACUCAUUCCUGCAACGAUCCACGCCUUCGCUCGAAGCUACUACUACAACGACAACUGCUGGAUCAGCUCCAAAACAUCCCUGCUCUACAUCAUCCACGGUCCCAUCUGUGCCGCUCUCCUGGUCAACCUGUUUUUUCUGCUCAACAUCGUGCGAGUGCUGAUCACCAAGCUGAAGGUGACUCAUCAGGCCGAGUCCAGUCUCUACAUGAAGGCAGUGAGAGCCACCCUGAUCCUAGUGCCUCUGUUGGGGAUUCAGUACGUGCUGCUGCCCUACAAACCUGGGGGGCGUGUCUCCUCUGAAAUAUACGACUACAUCAUGCACAUAUUGAUGCAUUACCAGGGUUUGCUGGUGGCCACCAUCUUCUGCUUUUUCAACGGAGAGGUCCAGGCAGUCCUGCGGCGACACUGGAACCAGUACCAGAUCCAGUUUGGCAGCAGCGUGGGGAACCACUCGGACGCCCUGCGCUCGGCUUCAUACACAGCCUCCUCCAUCACGGAGGUGCAGGGCUGCUACAGCAUCGACGUCAACUCCGAACACUUGAACGGGAAAGGAUUCCCGGACGCCGACAGCUCCAUCCUGAAAUCCGACAGUCCCUUUGCCUAACGGUGGCGCUGUCCUCUAACUUUAUCCUCUCUUUCCAACCACAAAAGACUCUGCAGUGCACCGGAAGAAGAAUGUUGGCAAACACAGGGUAGGUUCACCACAACCUGGAGACAAACUGCAAGAAGGGGGGCAGGGUGGGGCGCUGCACUCCCAGGUCUCACCCUCUGCACAGAUUUCUCCCCUUCAGUCAGACAUUUGUACUGUGAGUUGAGCUCGGUACCAGUCUCCAGUCCACUUCCCGCCACGGACUGAGAUGAUCAGAACUUCGUUGCCUUCAUGUUCAGCCGUGUAUGUUACGAACUCUUGGUUCACGUCGCGGUUCUCGGCAGAACGAAGAGUCGACGGUGACUCCGUCAGGGACUCUCUGUGACGGUCCAACCAGAGGCGGGAGACGUGGACCGCUGGAGGCUGGAGUUUGGUCGCGGGACAACUGUAGAAAAAAAAAAAA